AUGCGAUUCCUCCUCUCGAUUCUCGUUUUUUCGUCAGCGACCUUUGGGUCUGUUAAGGCCGCAAGUUGUAUUGAUGGAUUCGAUUUGGUGAAUGAUGCGAUGUGUGUUAAAUUGGUGACGGAUCAAGUGACACGAGAUGUGGCAAGACGAGAAUGCAAUUUGAUGGGUGCACAUUUGGUGACGAUUGAAAAUCAGAUUGUGAGUUUAGCGCGGGCUUACGCUUAGGGUCUAGGCUUGGGUAUACAGGCUUAAACUUAGGUUAGGGUAUACAGGCUUAAACUCAGGUUUUAGGAUUGGGUAUACACACAGGCUUGAACUCAGGGUUUAGGCUUGAGUAUACAGGCUUUUAUUAAACUUAGGUUUUAGGCUUGAACUUAGGUUUUAGGCUUGGGUAUACACACAGGCUUAAACUUAGGUUAGGGUAUACAGGCUUAAACUUAGGUAUUUACAGGCUUUGGGUAUACAGGCUUAAACUCAGGUUUUAGGUUUGGGUAUACAGGCUUAAACUUAUGUUUUAGGCUUCGGUAUACAUGCUUAAACUUAGGUUUCAGGCUUGGGUAUACAGGCUUAUUAAACUUAGGUUUUAGGCUUGGGUAUACAGGCUUUUAUUAAACUUAGGUAUUAGGCUUGGGUAUACAGGAUUAAACUCAGGGUUUAGGCUUGGGUAUACAGGCUUAAACUUAGGUUUCAGGCUUGGGUAUACAGGCUUAAACUUAGAUUUUAUGCUUGGGUAUACAGGCUUUUAUUAAACAUAGGUUUUAGGCUUGGGUAUGCAGGCCUACGUUUAGGAAUUUUGUGUUAUGUUAGAUAUGCAGGUCUGGGCUUAGUUGGACAUUUAGGCUUAGACAUAGUCAGGCAUUAUAAUAAAACUGAAAAAUCCUCAAUCACAAUUUCAGGAAAACAACGCGAUCUUCAAGAUGGUAAUGUCAGCUAACACACAAAUUUGGUUAGGAUUGGUGAGCGAAAAAAGGCUAGACGGAACCUACGCUUGGACGAAUGCAGAUUAUCGUUACACUAUUCUUGGACCAACUUUGAUUAUUUGCCCAACAUAACUGACGGACAGUGUGUUCUUAUGCCAAAUGAAGCUUCCGUUAAAGGUUUCUGGUACAGCGUUGAUUGCGAACAACCGAAAGCUGGAUAUAUUUGUGAAAUAGAUCCCGUUGACACUUGCGUUGAGGAUACAUUGAAAGGAUAUUGUUAUUGGGCAAUCGGAGACUUGACAAAAGAUGAAGCUGUAAAUGCAUGCGCUAAAACUUGCGGUGGACAAAUCGCAUCAAUUCAUAACGAUGCUGAAAAUACCAUGACUUCUUAUGGUGCGUUUGGUCCUAAUGGAGAUCACGGACCUAUAGGUUAUGCUCGAAUUGGAGCACAAUUAUCUAGUAACAAUUUGAAUUCUUGGAUCGAUAAUUCAACUUGGGAUUUUUCAAACAUCGGAUAUCAAAAUUCACACGUCGGAUCGUGCUAUAGUAUCUCAUUGAGAGAUCAAGAAGUUGCACGGGGUAGAUGGAUAAGUGCAGAUUGUGAUUAUCAAAUGCCUACAGUAUGUAGAAGAAGAUCAGAUGCGAAAUGUCCAAUUACACCUUCGCAAUGCACAACACCAACAUAUUUGAGCACAGCAAACUCAACUUCUGUUGAAUCUCCAAAUUAUCCAUAUCCAUAUUGCACAAAUCCAGUCGGACCUUGUUAUUAUGUAUUAUCUGGGCCUAGUAACACAAAUUUGAGUCUACGCUUCCCAAUUUUCAACUUGGAUACGGUAAGAGCUUGGCCAAAUUUCAAAUUUCGAAAAAAAAUUAUAUUUUUUUCAGAACUCAACAAUUUCACUCUAUUCAUCAUUAAGCGAUGCUCCACCAUUCAAAAUUUUGUCAAGCUCAAACUUUGAUGGAACUUCUACUUGGUACAAUUCGCCGAGCAAUAUUAUCAAAAUUGUGUUCAAUGAUCGAACAAUUGAAUGUAACAGCACCACGGCGAUUUAUAGUUGGAAGGCGGAAUUUCAAACAUCGACUACAACAGUCUUGAAUUGA